AUGAAUAGAAACAAGGCAAUCGGAUGCCUUUAUGGUCAAUUAAUCGGUGACGCACUCGGUACUCGCUACGAGUUUCUAUCAGCCGUAAACACUCAGGCAAAGAUCAAAAAAGAUCUCGACUCAAAGCAACAGUUCUUGCCGAUUCUUGGUGGUGGACCUUUCAAAAUGACACCUGGACAGAUAACCGAUGAUUCGGAAAUGGCCUUUUCAUUGGCCGCAAGUUUGUGUCGUUGCAAGAGCUUCAACGCUCCGGACGUUGCAUGCGCCUAUGUCGCAUGGCAACAAUCCACACCACCGGAUAUUGGUGUUGCCACAAGAAAUGCUCUUGAAAUCAAAUCUCGUUUACCAAGCAACUGGAUCGACACGCUCGAUGCUAAGGCNAAAUGUGCAGUCCACAAGGAAGUGAUCGAAAACGUUCGUCAGCAUAACGCGGAUAGUGCCAGUAAUGGAUGUCUAAUGCGGAUCUCACCAAUUGCCAUCGCCUCGGCGCAUUUAUCAGUUGAUAAAAUGAAGGAGAUGGUAAGGGAAGACUGUAUCCUAACGCACUGUGCUCCAGUCUGUAUCGAUGCCGUAACGGCUUAUGUGGCAGCAGUUCGCGAACUUAUCAACGAUAGAACGCCACUUGAAGCGUUCAAAGCAGCCGUUGAAAUUUCUCAGAAUGAUACAGUGAAAGAUAUUCUCAGAUGUGCGAAACGCGAAGCAAUUCCGGUGAAAGCGAGAGGAGUGUUGAUAAACGGUGACACCAAGAUGAUGGGUUAUAUUGGUGUAGCACUUCAGAGUGCUUUUCAUGAAUUGCUAAAUGCGCCAUCAUUUUAUACGGGCCUUUUGAAUGCAGUUUCACGCGGUGGUGACACAGAUACGAACGGAUGUAUUGUCGCUGCAAUGCUUGGUCGGUCGUUCCUGGAACUUCUUUGA